CUAAUUCUGUCCGAGCCGGUAGAGGGAGGGGGCAGGCUGCUCUUUCUACAACCAUUGCUCCAAACCAGUGACCACCUUAACUUGGUCUCCGUCUGUCUCCCCUGCCUCAUCCACUGGGACGGAAGUCAACUCUCUUUGGACCCAUGAAACUUUUUUUUUCGACUUCUGGAACAAGAAAGGAAAAUGCACAUUAAAGUACUGAGAAUGGAAAAAGAGGUGUAGAGUUUCCAGAGGGGGGUCCGGAUUUUCCACAUAUCCUCAGCACCAGCCAUACACGAGACGUUGCUAGGUUGGAAUUAAACACUGGGAUUAAAUCGCGCAGAGGAAUUGAGGAUCUACCAAGAGUAUUUGUUUUCAUGGCAACUUAAUCUGCACAAAGAAUUUACUGUUGGAAUUUUUCUUUAAAACUAUGACUGAAACAGUUGAAGCGCGGUCAUCGACCACCACCACCAUGGUCAUCGACGGUAAGCAUGUAGAUGCCGGGUCGGCGUCUUCACGAGGACACAAGAAAACUUUUUCAGAUGAGCUCCACUCUACCUUCAGCUCCCCACUAGCCUGGAUCUUGGUUCUGGCUCUCAUCAUUACAUGGUCUUGUGUUUUUGUCAUCAUGUUUGAUCUGAUGGACUACAAGACCGUUUCAGGUCGCCCACCUCCUCUCGUCAGGAAGGUUUUAAAGGAUUCAGGCCGUAGAGGAGGCCUCACCAAGAUCGGCUCAGACCCCAUGAAGGUGGUGAACGAUGUCGUGGACGAAUCGACCAACGUGAUGAGUGCAAUUGUAAGCUUUGUUGCCAACCUGGUUGCUCCUGAAGACGAAGAAGGAACUCUAUCUGCAGUGAGAAAAAAAGGAGAAUUUCUACCCUCCCGAAGUAAAGUUGUAGAGAUGCAAGCAAGGGCGAUACCACCAGUGAUUGAAGUUGUGGAGGAGGAAGAAGAAGAAGAGGUGGGAGAGGAGGAGGGAGAAGAAGAAGUGGGAGAGGAGGAGGGAGAUGAAGUGGAGGCUGCUGAAGAGGAGGAAGAAGAGGAGGGGGCAGAAGCUGUGGCAGCGGAGGAGGAGAAGGGAAAGGAAGAAGGGCAAAGAGAGGAAGAGCAAGAGGGAGAGGGACUUGAAGCAGCUGCUGAUGAAGAGGAGGAUGAGGAGGUGAAGGUAGCUGCAGAGGUGGCGCGAGACGAGGAUGAAGACAAAGAAGAGGAGAAGGAACCUGAAGCAGCUGCAGCUGAGAUUGAUGAAGAUGAUGAGGAAGAAGUGAAAGAGGAAGCAGCACAAGAAGAGGAUCACAAAGAUGAUGAUGAUGAUGAGGAGGAGGAGGAGGAGGAGGAAGAGGAGGCAGAUGCUGCUGAUGAACAUGAUGUAGAAGAGUCUGAGCCUGCAGCCGCUGAUGCCGAGGAUGAUGAUGAUGAAGAGAAGGCACAUGCUGCUGAUGAAGAUGAUGUAGAAGAGACUGAGCCUGCAGCCGCCGAUGCCGAGGAUGAUGAUGAUGAUGAGGAGGAAGAAGAAGAGGAGGCAGAUGCUGCUGAUGAACAUGAUGUAGAAGAGACUCAAUCUGCAGCCGCCGAUGCCGAGGAUGAUGAUGAUGAAGAGAAGGCAGACGCUGCAGAAGAAGAUGAUGCAGUAGAGUCUGAGGCCGAGGAUGAAGAGGCCGAGGAUGAUGAAGUUUCUCCUGAACCUAUCUCCACUUCUGAGGAUGAAGAGUCUGCGGUGUCUCCUGAUUCUGAGUCGGACGCACCUGUUGAUGUCCUAGACAGUGACGAUGGAGACGAAGAAGAAGACGACGAAAAAGACGAAGACAGUAACGACGCAGUCACUGACUCCUCAGAAGUCAGUGAAUCUGCACUCCUUUCCAGCGAGGAGGAGGAGGAGGAGGAGAAAGAUAAGGACGAUGACGACGACGAAGACGACAGAUUAGCGGAGGGCCUCGAGACGUCCGACAGCGACGAUGACCUGGAGCUUGACCUUCCUCCUCUUCCUGCUGCCAGCGAGGACGACGAAGAAGAGGAAGAUCACAAACUUGCCGAGGAGGAAGAUCUUUCUGCUUUACCUUUCGUCGAGGAUGACGACAAUGACGAUGAACACCUGGACGAAGACGUCAAAGUUGCCGAAGAGACUGAUGAGGAGGAUGAUGAUGAUGAUGAUGAUGGUCUGGACCAAUCAGACGAGGACAUCUCCGUCGCCUCCUCUGAUCACUUCGCGGACGAUGAAGACGAUGAGGACGAUGGUGACCUGAAAGACGAAGAACUCAAACUCGACCAAGAAGUCCUCGCAGACCUCGACGACGAUGAUGAUGAUGAAGACAAACCCGAUGAUGUCACUGAAGAAGACACCCAUGACGACGACGAUAAAGCGGAGGAGGAGGAAGUCGACGCUUCUCCCUUUGAGAGUACGGACAGCGGAGUCUUAGGCGAUGAAGAUGAUGACGACAUUGCUUUUGAAAGUGAUGAAGAGACGGUCUUCAGCAGUGACAUCUCCUAUGCCUCAACCGACGAUGACGACGAUGAAGAUGAUGGCGUUAUUGACACCAGCUCGUUUGAGUUCACCUUCGAUCAGGAAGAAGAAAAACAAACUGUUGUUGACGCUGAAAAAGAUGAUGAUGAUGAUGAUGAUGAUGAUGAAGUCACAUCAAAGUCCUUACCUAGUGAGGAUGAAGAAGACGACGAUGAUGAUGAAGAUGAUGAAGAUAAAGAAGAGGAUGAUGAUGAUGUUGACGACGUCUUGCUAGCAGCUACCACUGCAGCAGCGUUCACCGUCCAGGAGGAGGCAGUAAAGGCUGAGGCAGACACCGAUGAGGACGAGGACAUCAAACAGGCUGCUGAUGAAGAUAAGACUGAAGAGGCUGAAGAAGCAGAAACAAUUGUCACCAGUCAGCCUGCUGCUCUCGAAGAGGAAGAGGAGGAUGAGGGGGAAGAUGAAGAGCCGACAGCUGAAGUGAAGAAAACUGUAGACGAGCCUGAAGAUAAAAAAGAGGAGGAGUACGACGAAGACGACAACGAGAAGGCGACGGUGGAUGUGAUCAAGCCGGUGCCUGAACCCGCGGAAGAAGCACCAAAGGCUGAACCCACAGCGUGUCCCUGUAUGCACUCUGCAAAGGCCACAGAGUCGGCCACCGAGACUGCAGAGAAAAAAGGUGCUCCAAGAAGAGUUUCAGCUGUAAGAAGGAAAAAAGAGCGUGAAGGUGAAAAGACUGAUGAAAAGCCAAUGAAGAAAGGUCUGCCCAGAAUUGUAAAACUGCAGCCACAAACCACACGGAUCAGGAAACUUCCUGCUCCUUUCAGAGCAAGGAGAGUGGAGAAGACUCCCACCAAGACUCCCAAAAAAGAGCCAGAGACCAAAAAAGAAGAAGACGUCUCAGAAUCUGAACAAGAAGUUGGCCCUUGCAGACCUGCACCAGUCUACUGCCCGUCCCCGCCUGGCUGGUACGUUCAUCACGUCGUCACGGACAACCCGUACCCUCCUCCGACCAUGUCAGCUCCCUCUGCUCCUGUUCUGACCGCUCACCCCGUCAACCCCGGAGCUCCACCGCCUCUUUAUCAGCAGCAGCCACCGCAGCCGAUGCACCCGUUCUACACACAAUAUCACCCAUAUCACCCAUAUCACCCAUAUCACCCAUAUCCACCAAUGCAGCCGGUGAUGCAGCCUCAACCGGAUCCAGUCCAGCCAGUUGACCCAACCCAGCCAGCUGAACCAGUCCAGCCAGUUGACCCAGUCCAGCCAGUUGACCCAACCCAGCCAACUGAACCAGUCCAGCCAGUUGAUCCAUUCCAGCCAGCUGAACCAGUCCAGCCAGAAGCCACAGAACCAAAGGCUCCGGUUCAGCCUGAGAUCCCGAUUCCAGCUGCUGAAGCUAAGCCGGCUGUAGCUUCAGUACAGGAACCAGAGACUGUUGAGGAGGAAGUGUUGGCUGCCUUUACUGAGAAAGCUGCAAAGAAGAAAAGCAAGGCUGCAGAUACAGAAAAAGAGCCGGCAGCAGCAAGAGAGAAAACAAAGAAAGAUGCUGCUGCUUCGAAAGAGAAAACCAAAGCUGGCACUGCAAAGAAAGAGCCAACCGUGAGAAAAGAGAAAACCAAAAGUCCUGCAGUGGCUAAGAAAGAGCCAGCUGUAAAAGAGAAAACCAAACCUGCUGCAGCUGCUAAGAAGGAGCCAGCUGUAAAAGAGAAAACCAAACCUGCAGCAGCUGCUAAGAAAGAGCCUGCAGCUACAGUACGACAGAAAAGGAAAUCAGCCUCUGACAAGACAGAAGUGCCAGCCGUCAGGAGCAAAGCCAAGGCUUCUACAGCCAAGAAAGAUUUGGAUCCAGAAGCCCGCCCACAGCCGAUCAGACUGAGAAGGAGACUAGAAGCUGUGAAGAGGGAGAACGUGACCUCUCAGGCAAAGGAGGAGAAACCUGCCCGGUCUUCCUCUGAACCAGCCAAAACACGAUCAAAAUCGUUGGCCGACAAGAAAAGCAAAGACGAGAAGGCUGAAACGAAAUCGGUCAAAGAGGCUCAAGAUAAAGAGAAACAACCAUCACAAGCUAAAGAGACCCAGACUGACGACAAUACGACAGAAAAGAAAAAAACAGGCCAGAGAUACUUCCAGUGCAUUUACGUCCCUGGUAAAAAUGCACAGUACCCCUUGCGACCAGCCAUGUCCCCCGCCAUGAUGUCUCCCGCGAUCAAGUCCAUGUUGGAGCUGCAGCAGAGAGCAGCGAGGGCGUCGGGCCAAUAGGACAACCUGAUCCCUCACCUCUUUCUUCUGACAGCACUGCAUCUAUCGGUCCAGCAGGGGGAGACGCUCUGAAUCUGUGGGAUCCUUAAAUCCUGAGGAAAUGCCACAGACAGACAGAUAAGAGUGGACAGAACUAUUUUGCCUUUAAUUUAUUCAUGUUUUUAUUUUUCUCUCGAUGUGGUCGAGCUCCUGGGGUUCCUUUUCAUAUUUCAUACUUUUUCUCUUAGCUGAUGCUUCACCAGCAGACACUGCCGUGCCUCGCUUGUGCCUUAGCUUUAACGUAAUGUCACCAAAAUCCAAACACGGACGCUUUUAUGUGAAUAUUCUUAACUCAGUAUGUGUAAAUAAUGCUUAUAUUUGUAAUUUAGGCUGAAAUAAAUGUGCACACGUUUGGCAUGUUGUUUUUGCAGUUUACUCUAGCAGUCCAUUUUAAUUUAAACUUUUUAUGGCACCCCACAUUUAUACUUAGAGGCACUUGUGCUGACAAAACAGUUAUGUUUUUUUUAUAAUAAUAAGUAGAAACUGGGACAGUAUUUUGCGUCAACUAUUAAAUAGGAGUAUAUAUCAUCAUCAUUUUUUUUAUUGAAUUUGAAUGGGAUUAAAUAUUACUUGAGUCAAGCUUUGUUUCAAUAUGAGAGCUACAAUCAACAGUUUGUGUCCCCUUUUAUUUUUAAUGGUAACUUUAAAUCACCUGUAUCCUGCAUACCGUAACAAGAACCGGUGCGUUUUGCUGCUUUGCUGCAUCUGCAACAGAUUAGCGUGCUAAUGUUUGUAGGGUUAAAUCCCGGGAGCUCCCACGUUUGAUCAAAGCAGACUCCCUGUCUCUGAUCCUGAGUCUCGUCAACAUGUUAAAUGUUGAUGAGUGAUGAACAAUGAUGAGGCAUUUUCUUCUUAGAUGACCUGAUAUCAGGCAGGAGUUAAGAGGAAGGUGAGCUCAUCUCAGCCUGUGGUACUUCUGGACGUGUUACAGUGUGUAUAACUGCAUUUUAAUGAAAGACACAACGCUUUAAGUUUAAAGAGAUACUUUGACAUCUUAAAUGCAAUUGUUGGAUGUUUUUCAUUCCCCCACACACUGACAUGCUCAUACGUUGCAGUAGUUUUGGUCAUGAAAAUAAGGGCUUAAAGUAAAAGUUUACAGUAUUUGGUCCCCUCGUCAAAUACUAACAAUAGUUUAAUACUUGAACCCUGUUAUUUCUAUAAUUGGCCUCGCUGUUUCCCAUGUAAAUCUCCCAAACCUCAAAAGUAAUCUUUGUUCUUAUAUAUAAGGUGAUUACACAGGAUCUCAAACUGUUUAAAGUUGAACUGGUGCAGUUCCACACAGAACAGUUACCAGUUAUUUUAGCUUUGUUUAGAGACGGGGAGUCUGCACAGGACAACUCUGAUGUGACCAACUAAUGAGACGAUGUGAUGUCUGCUACAGCGGAUACAUGCCAUGUUAAUCAUCAGCUGAUUUAACAAAAAGCCUGAUACACAUUGUCAUAUUUUCAGUUACCUCACUCGCUCUGGUUUUGUACCUUAUACCGACAAGGCUGCCUUGUUGUCGCUGCAAAACUGUCGCUGAGCAUUAUCGGCAAUUUGCUGUUGUCUUACUGAAUGAAAACCUUGACUACAGAGAACCAAAAACAUUUUAAUCCUGGGAUAAGACCCACUUUAGCCUGCUGGAGUGUUGGCCCAAGGCUACCAGUUUAUUCAAAUGUACAGUUCCUAAGCUGUCAUUUGAAUUCCUCCAUGUUGUGCAGUGUAAGGCACUCACAGUGGUUACCUGCAGUUGAACACCUUGUGGACUGACUUAGAGCAGUUCUUGAACUGUACACUGAUGUUUGAGGUGUGGCAAUAAUGUUUAUCCCACGACUAAUCCUCAUUGUAUUGCAUGUCUAUCCUCAACUUUUUCUGGGUUAUCUCCCAAAAAGUCUUAAAGUGUGUUCAGACUGAACCUAAAAGCUAAUUUCAGAGGCGAUGCAAAUGCAUCCAAAGUCAAAGGAAAGAUGUGAGUGGAUACGAACAGUUGCAGAUUAAAGACGCAAACAUCGUUCAAAAAGUCGUGCAAACAUCGAAAAAUGCUUCCAUUCGAGCAAAAUAAAUUGCAUCCAUCCUGCAGCCGUAUGACUCCACUGCAGACACAAGAGGACAACAACAUAAACUGGGAACUAACCUUAACAGAAAACUGGAGUUCCUGUUAUGGUUAUGUUGCUGCCAAGCUAGCAGCAACAGCUAGCCUCUGUGGAGUUUGUCGAACGGAUAUUUGUGGCAACUAAUUGCACAGUAAAGUGAGAGAAAAACUCUUUGUGUUCACUCCGAAAGCACAUUUAAAAUCACUGGUGUGAAUCCGAGUCAGAGCCAAAGCAGUCUCAGCAUAGCUGUUUGCCGUUAGCAUACUGAUUUUUGAGCGUGAAUAUAUUUAACCCGAGGCUCGGAGUAAAACUCGGGGUUAAUGAGUCUAAGUGUGAAAUGAGGUCGAGCUAUCCCUGGGCCGCUCUCUGUCGCCCUGCAGGGUUUAGGUCAACACGCUGGAUAAAAAAUGGAAGUGUGAAGAGGCCUCAUGUUUCAGGGGCCAAAAUGAGAUCCGACAACCAUUUACAGAAGCAACCUGCCGAGUGGAUGUGGUUGUUGGAGCGGCAUUUUAAAUUCACCUGGCGUUCGGGUGUUUUUGAGGAUUUAAAAAAAAGUGAAUCCUAUUCCAGUGGGGCAAUGCAGCAGUAGGUGUCUGCUCUGCUGUCUGGAGGCCCUGAGACGCAGGCAUGUGCACA